GGGUUGAAGAAUAACGGGAAAAAAAAACUCAAUGGAUUCUUUCUUCAACGUCGUAGUUUGAAGUUUCUCAAAUCUUCUAUUGAAAAUUUUUAAAAUAGCGGCCAUUAAAUACCCACGAAAUCGCACAUACGAAAUCCCAACAAGAACUAUCAUCGUCAUCAAUCAGGGGGAAAAGCCCAUCCAUGGCUUCUUCUUUUUCUUCUUCAUCGUCUCGUCCACUGACAGACCGCGUGGCCAUAGUGACGGGGGCUUCUCGAGGCAUAGGCCGAGCCAUAGCUGUUCAUCUCCACUCACUCGGAGCCAAGGUUGUAAUCAACUACGCUUUGAGCUCGACCCAAGCCGAUUUGCUCGCUUCUGAGCUCAAUAAUGCCUCCAGUUCGUCAGAGCUUCAAGCCGUUGCUGUUCAGGCGGACGUAUCGGAUCCGGAUCAGGUGAAGCUGCUGUUUGAGAAAUCGGAGCAAGUGUUUGGGCCGAUCCAUAUUCUUGUGAACUGUGCCGGAGUGCUUGAUCCGAAGUACCCGACAAUUGCAAAUACCGCGUUGGAGGAUUGGGACAGAACCUUCAACAUCAACACUAGAGGUGCAUUUCUGUGCACAAGAGAGGCGACAAAUAGGCUAGUUCGAGGUGGUGGAGGAAGGAUCAUACUGAUAAGUACGUCAAUUGUUGGGAACAACUUGCCAGGUUAUGGAGCCUAUGCAGCUUCAAAAGCUGCAGUGGAGACGAUGACAAAGAUAGUGGCUAAGGAGGUGAAAGGAACAAAGAUCACAGCCAAUUGUGUGGCACCAGGGCCUGUAGCCACUGAGCUAUUCUUUGAAGGCAAAACUGAGGAAACCAUAAAGAGAAUUGUGGAUGCUUGCCCUUUGGAAAGACUUGGAGAGCCCAAGGAUGUGGCUCACUUCGUGGGCUUCUUGGCUAGUGAUGCUGGAGAGUGGAUCAACGGCCAGGUUGUUAGAGUCAAUGGUGGCUUUGUUGUUUAGACACUUUGUCUGUUCUAAAUCUCUUAAAUCAUAAUCAGUUGUGAUUCCUCCACCUUUUUAAAUUUUAGUUUUAGUUAUAAAUUAUGCGAAUCAUGUGUAGCAUUUUAUAGAGGGAUGCUUGUUGUAUCAAUGUCAAUAUAGUAUAAGGCAUAUUCUACUAGGAAUAGUUGGUCUAA